AUGGCCGAGUGCGACAGGGACGUCGUCCGAGACGCGCUGAUCAGCGCGCAGGGCUACUGCCAGUUCGGCUGCAGCAAGGUGUCCGUAGUGGGCUGCGGCAACCUGGGCACCGCCAUCGCCUACGCCCUCUGCCUGCAGGACCUGUGCAGCGACGUGGUGCUGUACGACGGAGACGACGAGCAGCUGACGAGCGAGGUGAUGGACCUGCAGGUGCCGGCGGCCUGCGGCUCCACCCGGAUACACGGCAGCACAGACCUGGCGCACACGGCGGACUCGCGGCUGUGCGUCCUGACGGCGACGGCGAGGCAGCGGCCGGGCGCCGGCAAGCAGCAGCUGCUGCGGAGGAACAUGGCGGUGCUCAGAGGGCUCGUCCCGGCGCUGGCGAGCUACAGCCCGCUCUGCGUCAUGCUCGUCGUCACCAACCCGGUGGAACCCCUCACGUACUUGACCUGGAAGCUGUCAAACUUCCCCGCGAGGCGCGUCAUAGGCGUGGGCACCCACCUUGAUUCCACCAGACUCCGGUUCGCCAUCGCCAAGGCCUUGCGGGUCCACCCGAGCAGCGUGCAGGCCACUGUCUUCGGGGAGCAUGGCGACCAGCAGAUUGCCGACCUGCCAGCGGCGAGCGUGGCGGGCGUGCGCCCCGCGGAGCUGGACGGCGAGGCCUCGCAGGGGUUCCACUCGUUCGCCCAGGUCGCCGUCAGGGACGUGAAGGACAGCGCUCGCAGGAUCGUGUGCAGCAAGGGCUUCACGCAGUGGGGGGUGGCCAUGAGCGUCGCGGCCAUCUGCAGCGCCGUGCUCAACGACACCAGGGAAGUCCUCACGGUCACCGUCUGCGCAGAGGGCUGCAAGCACGCGGAGGGACUGGACGUGUUCGUGUCGCUGCCCGCGGCGCUGUGCUUGCACGGCGUGCACGCCGUCAUGAAGCCGCACCUCCCGCCGCAGCUGCAGCGCAGCCUGUGCGACGUCCCGCCGCAGCUGCUGGCGGCGCAGCGCCUCGUCGACCAGUUCCUGGCGGCGGCCCGCGUCUGA